AUGCCGUCGGCGACUUCAGCCAGGGCAGCAAUCUCUAAAGCUGUCGCUGAUGCUGUGCCCUGUGGAGCGAGCGUCUGCCAGGGCCUGGUGCAGGCCCAAUCCUCUCAGCCCUCAUGGGCUUGGUGUAAAACUCUGCCUGCUGGUCUCCCAGCUUCCUCUCCAGCAUCUUUCCUCACCAAGGCUGCUGAUGCACUACCAGGAUCACAGUCCGAUGAUUCAAGGACACUUUGGCCGAAAUCCCGUAUCGGUCCUGCCCUCACUAAUCGGUUGCACUGGGGUAGCGUGCUACAUAUCGCGCAUUCGACUACGAUUGCAGCGAGCAAUCAGAAAAACACCGCUCGCCCUCUGGGUCCCAAACACGCCUCUGAACACGAGCACGAAGGGUCACUGGAUAAUGAGGAGCUCCUAGAGGCCGUGGACGCGGUUAGGAGAAGUGCAGACUCCGGCUCUCUCUAUUUACUUGAAUCUCGACUCUCUAGGGUGCUGCCAGAGCAUCCCGAUGCUGCCACUAUUAGGGAGCUCAUAAGGAAGAUGGAGCAGCUCAAGCAAGAGAAAGCCCGUCUCGCCAUGUUCCGGCACCAAACUCCCAAGGAAAUACGAAGCGAAUAUUUGCAAAUGAUGCUGACAGGACUAUUCACUGGACUGGCUGCAGCAAUCCAUCCAAUAUUCUUCAUCGGCAGUGUAUGCGGUCUCGUUCGAAUGCGCCGUUCUAGGGUAGCUGAGGUGGACCGUGAUUCUGGAACCAAGAAGGUGGAAGAGAUUAACCGGGAGAUAAAAGAGAUACGGGCCGAUUUGAAUUCCCUUCUCGAUGGAAUAUCUGACAUGGCAAGCAAACACACCCAUCGUAACACACGGUUUCUAAUAAUUCCCCAUUUAUAUUCACCAGCUUCUUCUGUUAGACAUGGUGUGCGUGGGUGCACGAGGCCUUCCACACAGAGCGGUACAAAAGAUGCGACGGAAAAGAAUGAUAUCGAACCUCGGAACGACAGUUACGGCAAACAAGGGGAGGAUGUGCCUUCCCCGGAUGGUCUAUGCAGGAAGCAGGAUGCCUAUCUAUGCGACAGCAAAGACAUUGCCAACUUUUUGAGCGUUAUUGCUGCAUUAGUAAGGGAGCUCGAAUGCAGCAACGAUAAUAUUCAGCAACAUGUUUCUAAGAUGCGAGGUGAACUUAACUGCAAUGCGUGUCUGCAAAGACAUAAUACAGCCUAA